CUUCCCUCCUCCUCCUCUUCUCCUCCUCCUUCCCUUCUCCGCUCCUCCUCUCCCAGGGCCCCUUUCUGCAUCCUUCCUUCCUUCCUUCCCUUGCUUCUUAAAGGGAAGGGGGAGGUGGGCCUUCUCCUCCUCUUCCUCUCCUUCUUCCUUCCUUCCUUCCUUCCUUCCUUCCUCUCUGCGGUGCAGGAUGUCUCGGAAGGUGCCUCGGGCCGAGGUCUGCGCCGACUGCAGCGCCCCAGACCCGGGCUGGGCCUCCAUCAACCGGGGGGUCUUGGUCUGUGACGAAUGUUGCAGCGUCCACCGCAGCCUCGGGCGCCACAUCUCCAUCGUGAAGCACUUGCGGCACAGCCCUUGGUCCGCCACGCUCUUGCAGAUGGUCCAUACGCUGGCCAGCAACGGGGCCAACUCCAUCUGGGAGCAUUCUCUGCUGGACCCGGCGCAGGUCCAGAGUGGGAGGCGCAAGGCCAACCCCCAGGACAAAGUCCACCCCACCAAGUCCGAAUUCAUCCGCGCCAAGUACCAGAUGCUGGCCUUUGUGCACAAACUCCCCUGCCGUGAUGACGACGGAGUGACCGCCAAGGACCUCAGCAAGCAACUGCAUUCCAGUGUCCGGACCGGAAACCUGGAGACCUGUUUGCGCCUCCUCUCUCUCGGGGCCCAAGCCAACUUCUUCCACCCGGAGAAAGGCACCACCCCGUUGCACGUGGCGGCCAAAGCGGGGCAGAUCCUCCAAGCCGAGCUGCUGGUGGUCUAUGGGGCUGACCCUGGGGCCCCCGACGUCAAUGGGCGGACCCCCAUCGACUAUGCCAGGCAAGCCAACCAACACGAACUGGCCGAGCGGCUAGUGGAGUGCCAAUACGAACUGACCGACAGGUUGGCCUUCUACCUGUGUGGACGGAAGCCAGACCACAAGAACGGGCAUUACAUCAUCCCGCAGAUGGCCGACAGAGUACGCCCAAAAUGUGUGUCGCAAAGCUUGGACCUCUCCGAAUUGGCCAAAGCGGCCAAGAAGAAGCUGCAGGCGCUCAGCAACCGCCUCUUUGAGGAACUCGCCAUGGACGUCUAUGACGAAGUGGACCGCCGGGAGAACGAUGCCGUCUGGCUCACGACGCAGAACCACAGCACUUUGGUGACCGAACGGAGCGCCGUCCCUUUCCUCCCCGUCAAUCCAGAAUAUUCUGCGACACGCAAUCAGGGACGCCAGAAACUGGCCCGAUUCAACGCCCGGGAGUUUGCCACCCUCAUCAUUGACAUCCUGAGCGAGGCCAAGCGGCGGCAGCAGGGGAAGGGGCUCACCAGCCCCACAGAGCCCCUCCACGGGGGCCCCAGUGACCUGGACGACCAGCACGACUACGACAGCGUUGCCUCGGAUGAAGACGCCGACCAGGAGCCUCUACGCAAUGCCAACAACGCCGCUGGGCGCAACAACCGUGCACGAAGCAUGGACUCCUCGGACCUGUCGGAGGGCCCCAUCUCGCUGCAGGAGUUCCUGGAGGUCAAGAAGGCUCUCUCCGCCUCCGAGGCCAAAGUCCAGCAGCUCAUGAAGGUCAACAACAGCCUCAGCGAUGAACUCCGGCGGCUCCAGCGGGAGAUCCACAAGCUGCAGUCGGAGAACCUGCAGAUCCGGCAGCAGGCAGGGUCCGUCCACCCGGCAUCGGCCUCGGUGCCCCCGCCGGCGGCAGAGAGGCAGGAGCACGGGCACGGCGUGGCCCCGCCCCUCGGAGCCCCCCACCGCCGAGACCGACACGCCUUCUCCAUGUACGAGCCUGGGACCGGCGGGGGCCUCAAGCCGUUCGGGCAGCAGCCCAUGGAGGAGCUGGUCGGCCGUCUGCAGCCAUUCCACCCGGGGGAGAUGGACGACGAUGCCCUGUAUUCGGUUCACACGCAGGCCUCCAUUUACCGGAUCCGGAAGGGUGGCUCCGUCUCCUCGAUGCCCUUCCCGCCGUCUUCUCCACUGGUCUCCUGCCCAACGGACGGAGGGCGUCACAUGACUGGAAAACUGGACCGGCACGGGAGUGGGGCAGACAGCGACUACGACAACACGCAAGGAGGAGACCUGCCCUUGAGCAUGGAUGGGAAACGCUUCCUGGACCUGGCCAAAGACGAGGAUUUGCACCUGGAGCCUGACGCCCUGGAAGGGGACCUGGACCCGGGCCUGCCGAGUACGGAGGACGUCAUCCUCAAGACGGAGCAAGUGACCAAGAACAUCCAGGAACUCCUCCGCGCCGCUCAGGAGUUCAAGCACGACAGCUUCGUUCCCUGUUCGGAGAAGAUCCACGCUGCCGUCACAGAAAUGGCCUCCCUUUUCCCCAAGAAACCGGCGCUGGAGACGGUCCGCAGCUCCCUGCGCCUCCUCAACGCCAGCGCCUUCCGCCUGCAGAGCGAGUGCCGCAAGACGGUGCCGCCCGAGCCGGGGGUGGCGGUGGACUACCAGCUCCUCACCCAGCAGGUCAUCCAGUGCGCCUACGACAUCGCCAAGGCCGCCAAGCAGCUGGUCACCAUCACCACCCGCGAGAAGAAGCAGUGAGAGCGUCGGGCCGGGGGCAACGGACACUCCUUGUGUACCCCAGACCCCUCUUGACCCCCAUCCCAACGGAAGUGUCUGGAUUACCGUGUGAGUAUAUUUACAUGUUUGGCCAUGUAAAUACCCUAUAAUCCGAAAUGUGGCGACCACGAAGGGACUGGAUUUCUCCCCGUCCCAUCGCCAACGCUCGGUGGUUCGGCUGUGUAAAUAUCCCAUAGCCCAAAGGAGGGUCUCUUUCUGCACCCCAUGGCAAAACCAGUGGGAUGGAUGGCUCCUCAAAGGACCAUACUCCCGACACAAUACUUUGUGGGUCUGCCAUGUAAAUAAAUUCCCCAUAACCCAAGGAAAGGGGCUCUCCUUGUACCCAAUAUCCGGCAAACCCAAUGCCCAGGGUUGGGUUAAUAAGUAUAAGCAUGGGUGUAAGUCUCCCAUUUACGUAACUCAGGAGGGUGAUCUCCUUCUAUCCCAUCCAUCGUGGUACAAAAGGAUCGUCCUACCACGUUCUGUGCUUCGGCCGUAUAAUACCCCAAGGGGGUAACUCUCCGUCUGUACCCCAUAUCUCUUCCUAACCUAUCCAUGGGACUCUGCAACCCCAUUGGAAGUGUCCUUUGCCCCGUCUUCCUUCUUCUCAAUGGAAGUGUCCUUCAAUUAGGGCUGGAUUUCCCCUAAUGAGCAGGAUGUGGGGCGGUGGUCCUCCACAUGAGUGUAUUACAAUGUAAAUACCCUAUUAACCCUUCCCCGGACCCCUUCGAACCUAUCCAUCGGACCCCGCAACCCCAAUGGAAGUGUCCUUACCCUUCGGAGGGCUCAUUGGGGGGGGGGGGGAUUCUCAGUGGGGCCGAAGCAACUCAAUACACGGCAAUGUAAAUACCCCAUAGCCGAAUGCGCGGAGGGGCUCCGUCUACGGACCGGACCCAAUUUAGGGCGGUUUCGAGACUCAUGACCCAAAACCUUCGCUCCCCCAUAUAUAGUGCGUGGAACUGUAUGUAUGUGUAUCUCCCUCCUCCUGUGCAUUAUAUAUAUAUAUAUAUAUAUGUAUAGAUGUAUACAUAUAUAUAAAAAGCCACUGUAUUUAUCUCUCGUCUUUCAAUAGUGUUAACACUGGAAAAAAAAGUGAAAUAUAAUUCAGGGUGCUGCCAAGACUUAACCCCCCACCCCAUCCUCCAACUUUUCUGUUUUCUCCCAUCUUUCUAUUACGUUUACCCCAAAAAACUUGAGAAAAAAGUGGGGGUCAAUAACAGGGGCGGAGGCGGGUUCGAGCGCCGCGCUGGAAUCGUUUCUUGUCUUGUAAAUUUGUAACAAAUUAAACGGAGAUGUGAGCAUCA